AGAGAAAGACAAAGAGACAACAUAGACAUCAUGACAGUUUUGAAGACUGAGGUUACAUUUGUGUAUUAAUUUAAUUUGAAAUGCCUUUUAUAGUUAUUACAGGUAUUCCCAGUAGUGGAAAAACUACAAGAAGUUUGGAACUAAAAAAAUUCUUCGAAGAGCAAGGAAAAGAGGUACACAUAGUCAGCGAAUAUGAUCAAAUGAUCAGAGCUGGUUUCGAAAAGACCUCCUUAUAUGCAGAUUCCAAUAAAGAGAAACACAUUCGCGGUGUUCUGAAGUCGGAAGUGCUAAGAUUAAUAACGCCAACGAACGUCGUCAUUCUAGACGCCUUGAACUACAUAAAAGGUUACAGGUAUGAGCUAUUCUGCGGUACGAAAGCUAACAAAUGUACACAAUGCACAGUUCACACGGAAAUCAACCGGGAUCAAGCUUGGAACUUCAAUGAGAAUCGAGAAAACGAGUCGGAGAAGUACGACAGAGCCACCUUCGAUGCACUCUUGAUGCGAUUUGAAGACCCAGAAGGAAAGAACAGAUGGGACUCGCCUCUGUUCAUGGUCUUUCCCGAACACACCCUGGACACUGCCGCAAUUUUUGCCAGCCUCUUCAACAAAGGCCGGCCGAAGCCAAAUAUGUCGACCCAGAAUCCACCGUUGAAGUCCACGAACUUUUUGUACGACUUGGACCGGGUUACAAAAAAUAUUGUGGAUGAGUUGAUAAAAGUAGUGAAUGUAGGUGGACACGGCUUAGUGGAAGUGCCCGGCUAUCAGGACUUGAGUGUUGACGUGUCCAACAUAAGUGUGCAACAACUGAUGAGUGCUAGGAGACAAUAUAUAAGUUAUUCAAGAACUCACGCUCCCAAUCCUGAGCACAUACCCAAGUUGUUUGUUAAGUUUUUGUCAACUAGUCUCAAAUAAAACUUUUAUUUUUC